AUGUUCCAGGGUUUCAGAGAUUCCAACAGCUCAAUGUUCCAGGUCUCUGAGUUCAUUCUGAUGGGAUUUCCAGGCAUCUACAGCUGGCAACACUGGCUCUCCCUUCCCCUGGCUCUGAUUUACCCCUUAGCUCUCAGUGCCAACAUUCUUAUCCUAAUCAUCAUCAAACAGGAGGCAGCACUGCACCAGCCUAUGUACCACUUCCUGGGAAUCUUGGCUGUGGUAGACAUGGGAAUGGCUACCAACAUCAUGCCCAAGAUUUUGGCCAUCUUGUGGUUCAAUGCUAAGGCCAUCAGUCUCCCUGAGUGUUUUCUGCAUAUGUAUGUCAUACAUUUUUUUAUGUUCAUGGAAUCAGGCCUCUUUGUCUGCAUGGCUAUAGAUAGAUAUGUAGCCAUUUGUCGACCACUACACUAUCCAUCGAUAAUCACUGACUCUUUUGUGGUCAAAGCAACUGUGUUCAUGGCACUCAGAAACAGCCUAUCUACCAUCCCAGUGCCUGUGUUGGCUGCUCAGAGACACUACUGCUCAAAAAACCAAAUUGAGCACUGUCUGUGCUCUACUCUUGGAGUCACUAGCCUCUCCUGCGACGACAGGAGAAUCAACAGCGUCUACCAGCUAUCCCUUGCCUGGACACUCAUGGGAAGUGACUUGGGUUUGAUUAUUGUAUCCUAUGCUUUGAUACUUCACUCUGUGCUGAGGUUGAACUCCGCAGAAGCUGCAUCCAAAGCCUUAAGUACCUGCACUUCCCACCUCAUUCUAAUCCUUUUUUUCUACACUAUACUUGUUGUCCUGUCCAUCACCCAUAGUGCAUCAAAGACAGUUCCCCUUAUCCCAGUUCUACUCAAUGUACUUGAAAAUAUCAUUCCUCCUGCCCUCAACCCCAUGGUCUACGCAUUCAAAAACACGGAGCUCAGACAGAGUUUGUAUAAAGUGCUUCAACUGGACUUCAAAAAUAACUAA